UUGCAGGAAAAAUUCAAUGCCAUCCUCCCCAAAUCACGAUCGUAUUUUGGCCUCAAGCGACGCACUCUCCUCAUCGUUCUUGCCUGUACACUUCUAGCAUUACUGGCUCUCAUCAUUGGUCUAGCUGUUGGCUUGACUAGGCAUUCGAAAGGCGGUCAAAAUCUACCAUUGCCAACAAAUAGCGAACAGCAUGUAGGAGACCUUACUUAUUAUGGCACGGGCCUAGGAAGCUGUGGCAUUUCAUCUUCUGAUAGCGACAUGAUCGUUGCCGUGUCUCACUACGUCUUUGACGAGGCAUCCAAGAGCUCCGAUCCCAAUCAGAACCCGCUGUGUGGUCUGAAGCUGAGAGCAUCGAGAUACGAUGAGCAGGUUGGAGAAAGAAGAAGCGUUGAUUUGAAGGUCGUCGAUCGAUGCGUUGGCUGCCAGGCUACAGACCUUGAUGUAUCUCCGGCAGCCUUUGACAAACUUGCGGCUAGAGCUAGCGGCAGAGUGGAUGUGACUUGGGCAUGGCUG